AUGCCCCAGCAAGAGCAACGAGCAGAGUUCUGGGACCAAAUCUCCCAGAUUGGCUAUCAACGAGACUCAGCAUGGCUGCUCACAGGAGACUUCAAUGAUAUCCUUGAAAAUUCGGAAAAGAUAGGAGGGCCGGAACGCAGUGAAGGCUACUUUAUCCAGUUCCGCAGAUGCAAUUACCUCCGUUUUGAGGGCUCGGACCAUAGACUUGUCAUCACCUUCCUGGAUAUGUCACGGAAGAAGCAACAUAGACCAUUCCGCUAUGAUAGGUCCCUAAAUGAUAAUGAAAAAGCACGAGAAGUCAUUGAGCAGGCUUGGGACAAAGACAAAGAGGAAAGCGUGGAAGAUAAGAUUAACCGGUGUCGGAGGAGUAUAAUAGAGUGGUCAAAGAUAGAGAAGGAGAACAGUGCAAAAAUGAUAGAGGAAUCACAAUCUAACCUGGAAGUAGAGUUGUCCUCCUCACAUCCUGACCAGGUCAAUAUCGAAGCCCUAACAGCAAAACUCAACAAAGCGUAUAAGGCGGAGGAGAGCUUCUGGAGACAAAGAAGUCGGGUCCAGUGGCUCCAGGGCGGUGAUAGAAAUACUGGGUAUUUUCACGCUGUCACCAAAGGGAGACGAGCCACUAACCGGCUCACAAUCAUUGAAGACGACGAGGGAAAAACUUUUCACCAAGAACCCCAAAUAGGGAAAGUUUUCUGCGAGUAUUUCCAGAAGAUUUUCACGUCAAACAACUUACAAGAGUUUCAAACGGUGGAAGAAACAAUCUCAAACCGGAUCACACCUGCGAUGAUUGAGAAACUAUGUGCGAUUCCGGAUGAUACAGAUAUCAGGGCCGCAAUCUUCAACGUACACGCAGAUAAAGCCCCAGGGUCUGAUGGGUUUUCUGCAGGCUUUUACCAGUCUUUCUGGAACAUUAUUGGUGCGAAUGUCUGUGAAGAAAUAAGAGGUUUUUUCCUGUCAGCUAAUCUGGACAAGAAACUCAAUGAAACCCAUGUAUGCUUGAUUCCAAAAGGCACAGCACCACAGAAAGCAGCAGAUUUCCGACCUAUUGCGUUAUGUAACGUAAGGUAUAAGAUAAUAGCGAAAAUACUUACUGGUCGAAUCCAGCCCUUCCUCGAUACCCUCAUCUCCAAACACCAAUCCGCUUUUGUGCCUGGUAGAGCAAUUGCAGACAACGUCCUGAUAACGCAUGAGACGCUCCACUAUCUCAAAAUCUCAGGGGCUACAAAGAGAUGCUCCAUGGUGGUAAAAACCGACAUGAGUAAAGCCUAUGACCGCAUCGAGUGGGGCUUCCUUAAAGCGGUCCUUCAGAAGUUUGGUUUCCAACCCAUGUGGAUCUCUUGGAUAAUGGAGUGUGUCACAACAGUGUCCUACUCCUUCCUCAUCAACGGCGCACCCCAGGGCAACAUCGUUCCUUCUAGGGGAUUGAGGCAAGGAGACCCCCUCUCGCCGUACCUCUUCAUAUUAUGUACGGAGGUCCUCUCCGGUCUAUGCAAACAAGCUCAACGCUCUGGAAAUCUUAAAGGGCUUCAAGUAGCGAGGAGGAGUCCCUUUAUCAACCAUCUGCUGUUUGCGGACGACACCAUAUUCUUCUGCAAAACAAAUGAUGCCAAUUGUCUAGCACUAUCCCUCAUCCUUAACUGGUAUGAACGUAGCUCCGGUCAGUGCAUAAAUCUGUCAAAGUCCACAGUGACAUUCUCAGGCAAAACCCCACCAGAAAUCAAAGAAAGAGUAAAACUGACUCUAGGCAUUGUAAAAGAAGGAGGAAUGGGUAAGUACCUGGGACUUCCAGAAAGUUUUGGAAGACGGAAGAAAGAUGUCUUCACGGGUUUGGUGGAUCGGAUCAGGCAGAGAUCACAUAGCUGGCCAACUCGUUUCUUAUCAGGCGCCGGAAAACAUGUCCUCCUCCAAUCAGUCUUAUCGGCCUUCCCCACAUACACCAUGUCGUGUUUCAAGCUCCCUCGAUCCCUCUGUAAACGGAUCCAGACAAUCCUUACUAGAUUCUGGUGGGACAACUCACAAGACCACAGAAAGAUGGCAUGGGUGGCCUGGAAAAAGAUGGCCAUACCUAAAGCAGAGGGAGGCUUGGGGUUCAGAGACAUAGAGACGUUCAACGAUGCCCUCUUAGCCAAGCUAAGUUGGAGAAUCUUCAAAGACCCCGACUCUCUACUAGCACAAGUCCUGCGAGGGAAGUAUGGAGAGGUUGGCUCUUCGUUCCUGGAGAGCAAACACAAACAAUCAGGAUCUCAUGGCUGGAAAGGGAUCCUAGCUGGCAAUGAAGUCCUAAAAAAGGGGUUGGGAUGGUUAGUGGGAGAUGGGGAAUCUAUCAACGUUUGGUCAGACCCUUGGCUCUCAACUAAUCAACCCCUUUUACCCAUUGGUCCUCCUACCAUCGAUAACCUCCAUUUGAAAGUUAAGGACCUCCUAGAUCAUAACACAAACGAAUGGAAUCUACAAGCAAUACGCUUGCACCUACCUCAAUAUGAGGACACAAUUCGCCAACUAAUUCCGAGCUCCUUCCGUCCUGCCGACUCUCAAGUUUGGAUGGCAGAGAAAUCAGGAAUCUACAAUACCAAAUCAGGCUACAAGUUACUCGCUCAGCUCUUUCCAAAGACAUCUAAAAGCAAGUUUGAUUGGUAUAAGAAUAUAUGGAAUGUUCAUACCUCCCCCAAGCUAAAGUACUUCCUCUGGCGCAUAGCUCACGAAGCGCUUCCAGUAGGGGAUCUUCUAGCUUACAGAGGCAUCAACUCGGAACUUCACUGUAAAAGAUGUAAUGGGCCGGAGAGUAUCUACCAUAUUGAUAGAUUGCCCGUUCGCAAAGAGAGUUUGGAGCUCGUUCCCAGUCCAAAUCCGGACAAACACUCCAGUCUCGGGCCGAGACACGAAGCAGAUCUUGGAGCUGUCACGGCACUACAGGAAUCUUCCACCUACAGGUAUCGCUGA